UGCAUAUACCUAUCAGUCAGGAGAUCGCCGGGUCGAAGCGAGAUACCCCAAGUCCAACUCCUCUCUCGUGUUUAGAAUCUUCGUGCCUAUACUGAUUCUCUUCGUCCGAAUCCGUUGCCUCGGUGAAUAUGAGCGUUAGUCGAUUGGCGUUUGCGCAGCGCCAUGAGCGUACUCCGGAGGAGCGCGACCUCGUCCGGAGGCUCGAUUUCUUCCUCAUGACUUUCGGUUGCGUGUCCCAAGUGUAUGGGAACCCGGCUCGAGCCAACCCUCCGGCGGUCUCUCGUGCUGACUUGCCGCAAGAUCUCGACCAGCAGAACAUCAACAAUGCCUAUGUGUCGGGAAUGAGAGAAGACCUUUCUCUCUACGGCAACGAGCUCAAUUACUUCACUACGUACUUCAGCGUGGCGUAUUGUCUUAUGCUUAUCCCGUCGCAAAUCAUCCUGACCUACGUACGCCCGAGCUAUUGGCUUUCCGGACUGGAGAUAUGCUGGGGAGUCAUUACGGGACUUAUCGCCAUAGUGCACGAGGCGAAACAAGUCUACAUCCUUCGCGUCUUCCUCGGACUCUGCGAGAGCUCAGCCUGGCCGGGAAUGAUGACCCUCUUCAUGCACUGGUAUACGCCUUCGGAGCUGGCGAAGCGCAUGGGGUUCUACCACUCGUGCCAGGCCCUGGGGUCUAUGGUGUCUGGAGCGCUCCAAGUCGCCGUCAUUGAAACUCUGCACGGCACGAACGGCAUGGCCGGGUGGCGGUGGCUGUUCAUCAUCAACGCCAUCAUGACCGUGUUCGUAGGGGCCUUCGGGUUCUUCUUCUUACCCGAUCUGCCGAAUAACAUCAACCCCAGAGCCUUCUGGUUCAAGAAAGAGCAUGCGCGGCUCGCCAUGGAACGCCUGGAACGCCACGGACGGGCCGAACCGAGGAGGAUUACUUGGGCCGGCGCUAAGCGCACGCUCACUAACUGGGUGACUUACUUCGUGCCGGUUCUGUACAUCGCGACGGUCUUGGCUUCUUGGGGUUACGCCUACUUCAACCUCUUCUUGAAGAGUCUAAAAAAUGCUGAUGGUACCCCCACCUGGACUGUAUCUCAAGUGAACGCCAUCCCGAUUGGCGGCAGCGCCAUCAACGUUGUCUUUGUUUGGAUCUGGGCGAUACUCUCCGACCUCCUGAGAACACGGUGGACCUUGAUUGUAGCACAGGCAUCGAUAGGCCUUAUUCCUUGUAUCGCAAUGAGUAUAUGGACGACCCACCCCAACUCAACUUCGCUGGCAACCGCAUAUUCUAGCUAUUUCAUCUCUUACUUGACUUUGGGGACAGCGCCUCUUAUAUUUGCCUGGCUGUCUGACCUAUUGCCGCAAGAUCCAGAAGCGAGGACGCUCAUUGUUGGGAUCGCUAUCGCGGUAUACUAUGGGGUCUCUGCAUGGAGCCAAGUCCUCGUCUGGCCUGCCGUUCAAGCUCCUUACUAUAAGUACGGAUGGCAAUCAUCUAUCGCCCUCUGGGUUUUGGUAAUUAUCAUGACGUGUAUCCUUCGUCCAAAGAGAGAGAGUUUCCGCGCCACUCUUAUCGAGGGAGCCGAGGCACCCAAGCAGAUAGAUGCUGAGCAAGAUCUCGAGGACGAUACUAAGCCGUCGAAGGCUACGGGUACUGCUUCCCAGGCAUAAGCUAGUUCAUCUCAGGGGACACAGUAUCCCCUGGCAGCAACGCCCGUACGGCACUCGCCCAUCUGUGUCACUUUCCGGGCUUUAUGGGCAUGAAAUAA